GUCCCUCGUCUCUCCCACUACAAUGUAAACAUGAGGAGGAAUCGGAAGUUGCCUUCGCUGUGGGAAGGGGGCGAGCCGGGGGGAAACCAAACGGGGACGCGUCGGGGAGCGGAGGAGGAGAGCGGAGAGAAGGGGGGCCAAGACGCCGAGAUGUCGCGACGGGGGAGCCGCACGCUUCGGCUGGCCGCCGCGCUUGUUUUGGUCGGAGCCGUUUGCGCGGCGCCUUUCGCGGCCGACGUCACACUCGGUCACCCGCAUAAGUCUAUAGCCCCGAAGAUGGACGAGGCAGUUCUGACUGUAAAUAAUGAGCUUGACACUGAGGUGGUGGUGUCCUGGAUGUCAGACCACUGCUACCAGUGUUUGUACCAGGGUCUAGGAGUGGUGCCUGCAGGCCUGGGUCCCGGCAUGCCUAGCUCAGUGGACUUCACUGUGGGCACACAGCACGGUAUUACCCUGCAGCUCACCAACUCCCCAGUUACUCUGGAGCUCUGCACGGUUCCAUAUCACUUUGGGGAGCAUGGGAACUACUCGCUGUGGGUGAAAAAUCUGAACGACUCCUCAGAGGUCAAUUGCUCUAUGGUGAUAAAUGCAGACCCUAUCAACGGCUAUUUGCCGAUCUUGAUAGCCUUCCUCUUGUUGACCGGACUGGCCAUAUUGUCCGCCAUUGGAGGAACAAUUUUAGGGUUGGAUGUAGUGAAGGGUAUCCUCCUCCAAAUGACCAAUGCCAUGGAGACAGAAAGGCUCAUCAACUCGGAGCUCGGUUCCCCGGGCAGGGGAGUCGAGACAGUCACCGACAACAUCCUCCCUUCCACCGCCAGCCCCAGCAAGAGGCUUCGAUCCUUGGACACAUUCAGAGGUAUCUCCUUGAUCAUCAUGGUGUUUGUAAAUUACGGAGGAGGGCGGUACUGGUUCUUCAGACAUGAAAGCUGGAAUGGCCUUACUGUUGCUGAUCUGGUUUUCCCUUGGUUUGUGUUCAUAAUGGGGACAUCCAUUGCCCUGUCAGUCAACUCACUGCUGCGAGCAGGCUCGACUCGCUCCUCCCUGUUGUGGAAGGUUGUAUGGAGGAGCUUGCAGCUCUUCAUCAUAGGUGUCUUCAUCAUUAACCCUAACUACUGCCAGGGGCCGUUGUCUUGGGAUAGUCUACGGAUCCCAGGUGUGUUGCAACGUCUGGCCUGGUCAUACCUUGUUGUAGCCUGCCUUGAUCUGUGUGUGGCCAGAGCUCGCCUCGACAACCUACCAAUGGAGGCGUGGUGGUACCCUGGCUGUGAGAUCAUCCUCUAUUGGCAAGCCUGGCUAUGUGUGGUGGUCUUGGAAACAGCUUGGCUCUGUCUCACCUUCCUACUUCCUGUGCCGGGAUGCCCAACCGGUUACUUGGGCCCUGGUGGGAUUGGUGAUAUGGGGCUUUAUGCCAACUGCACUGGUGGGGCGGCUGGAUACAUCGACCGUUGGCUGCUUGGGGACAGCCACAUCUAUCAGACGCCCUCCUCGCGGGUGAUCUAUGUGACUCACACGCCAUAUGACCCAGAAGGUGUUCUAGGCAGCAUCAAUUCCAUUCUCAUCGCUUUCCUUGGAUUACAGGCAGGAAAAAUUCUCUUGCACUACAAAGAUCUCCACUCAAAAAUUAUAUCUAGAUUCCUCGUAUGGGGUCUCACACUAGGAAUCAUAUCGGCUGUUCUUACCAAGUGUUCCAAGGACCAGGGAUUCAUUCCUGUCAACAAGAAUCUAUGGUCUCUGUCCUAUGUAACCACCUUGGCCUCGUUUGCCUACGUGAUACUGGUCCUAAUCUACUACAUAGUGGACGUGAAGAAGAUGUGGACGGGAGCCCCCUUCUGUUACCCUGGUAUGAACUCAAUCUUGGUGUACGUAGGCCAUGAAGUGUUUGAGGAGUACUUCCCCUUCCGCUGGCGUAUGGCCAACAGCCAAUCCCAUGCUGAACACCUCACCCAAAACCUCCUGGCUACUUCGUGUUGGGUCCUUAUCUCUUACCUGCUGUACAAGAAGAAAAUUUUCUGGAAAAUUUGAAACAUAAAGCCCCAAAGAUUGUGGGUGCCCAGAGACAACAGAGGCAGAGUAAGACAUUUCUCACAUAGAAUACUACUAUUUUGAAGGCUGAAGGACGUUUUCCAUUUUAAUAUUUUGAUAUAGCCGUAGCAAAUUCUUUUUCAAUGAUCUGUUGUUUACUUUCAAGAAGUACUGAUUUUGUGGGCUUCAACUGUUGUAAGACUUUCUCCAAAGAUUUACAAUUGUGUAUCAGCUGACGCCUGCCAAAUAUCUGAACAUGACUCAGGAAUAACUAAGGAUUGGUUCAGAGAAGUUAAGAACCGAGAAAGCUGAAAUUGCUCAUCUUCUGUAUUUUUACAUGUAUAUUUACUCCCUUUUCAAAAGCAAAGUCUUUCAUAGCUUGGCUGAAAAGACUACCAGAUUUGAUUUUUGGUGAUGCAGAGGGAUGUUUUUUUUUAAAAUGAUUUCGUGUAAAUGUUUAUCAUGGGGCUAUUUUUUCCGUUUGUUUUGCCAAUAAAAUAUUCCUUUUUUUUCCUUUGAAAAUAAUUAAUUUGGUAGCUGCUUCACCACACAUCAUAUGGAUAAUGUGUCACGAAGGUACAGAAAAUUUAGAUACUAUCGCACACAAUGUAAAUACUGAGGUUUGUUUUUUUUCAUGUCAUAAUGUUCAGCUGCCAAAACUUCAACAUCUCUGUUAAAUGGUUUUAAUGGUUUAUGAAUGAAUUUCCAUAUUAAAAUAUAUA